GCCUAGCGGCUGGCCCCGGCGCCCACUGCGGAGCGGAGCGCAGCGGAGGCAGGGCGCACGGGCGGUCAUGCCGGCGAUCCUGGUUCCCGCACUCUCUUUGCUGCUGGCUCCGCUGCUGCUGGACUCUGCACCCUGGAAUACCUCCCGGACAUUUGAGGUAGACUACGAUCAGGACUGCUUCCUCAAGGAUGGCAAGCCAUUCCGCUACAUCUCAGGAAGCAUCCACUACUUCCGAGUGCCUCGCUUCUACUGGAUGGACCGGCUGCUGAAGAUGAAGAUGGCCGGGCUGAAUGCCAUCCAGACGUAUGUGCCCUGGAACUUUCAUGAGCCCCAGCGAGGACACUACCAGUUUUCUGGAGAUCAUGAUGUGGAGUAUUUUCUUCAGCUAGCUCACAAGCUGGAACUGCUAGUCAUCCUGAGGCCGGGGCCCUACAUCUGUGCGGAGUGGGACAUGGGGGGAUUGCCUGCUUGGCUAUUAGAGAAGGAAUCUAUUAUUCUCCGCUCUUCUGACCCAGAUUACCUCAAAGCUGUGGAUAAGUGGUUGGGAGUCCUUCUGCCUAAGAUGAGGCCUCUUCUCUAUCAGAAUGGAGGACCGAUUAUAACAGUGCAGGUUGAAAAUGAAUAUGGCUCCUACUUUGCCUGUGAUUAUGACUAUUUGCGUUUCCUGCGAAACCGCUUCCUCUACUACUUGGGUAAAGAUGUGCUUCUGUUCACCACUGAUGGAGCAAAUGAAAAUUUCCUGCAGUGUGGUACCCUACAGGGCCUCUACGCCACAGUGGAUUUUGGAGCAGACAGCAACGUCACAGAGGCUUUCCUAUUCCAGAGGAAUGUUGAGCCCCAAGGACCUUUGAUCAACUCUGAAUUCUAUACUGGCUGGUUAGACCACUGGGGCCAGCCUCAUUCCACAGUCAGUACAGCAACCGUGGUCUCCACUCUCACUAAUAUCCUUUCCCGAGGGGCAAGUGUGAAUUUGUACAUGUUUAUAGGCGGGACCAAUUUUGCCUAUUGGAAUGGGGCCAACACACCCUAUGCAGCACAGCCCACCAGCUACGACUAUGAUGCCCCCCUGACCGAGGCCGGGGACCUCACCAGGAAGUAUUUUGCUAUUCGCAAGGUAAUCGAGAAGUUUGAAGGAAUUCCAGAAGGACCUAUUCCUCCAUCUACACCCAAAUAUGCAUAUGGAAAAGUUGUUCUGGAAAAGGUAGCAACCGUGACAGAAGCUCUUGAUGUUCUGUGUCCUGGUGGCCCUAUACAAAGCUAUUAUCCCUUGACGUUUAUCCAGGUGAAACAGGGUUAUCAACAUACUCCCUACAAGUGCAGUAGCCCCCAACAGCAGGAAAUGUGUGAGACUAACUACACAGGCUCCUUCUCAUACCUUCCAUUCUAUUUUCAUUUGACCUUGAACCCGUAGGUACCUCAAGGAAUCCUGGAGCGAAACCAGAAGAUCCUUCUUUUCAUAAAGGGAAAAGCUGGAGCCACAUUGGACAUCCUGGUAGAGAACAUGGGGCGCAUAAACUAUGGCAAGUCUAUCAACGAUUUUAAGGGUUUAGUCUCUAACCUGACCCUUGGUGAUAAUAUCCUCACAAACUGGACCAUUUUCCCACUGGACACUGAGGAUGCACUGCACAGCCGCCUAGCAGUCUGGAGAAACCAUCAUGCUAGCCGCCGUAAUGCUGGACGCCAUGAUGCUGGACGCCAUGUUGCUGGACGCCGUGUUGCUGUCCACCACGGUGCUGGCCGCCACAGAGCUGGCCACCACAGAGCUGGCCACCACAGAUCUGGCCACCAUGUUGCCAAAGAGGCUUCUAGCGGCUCAUCUUCAUACACACUCCCGGCCUUUUAUGUGGGCAACUUCUCCAUUCCCCAGGGAAUCCCAGACUUGCCCCAGGACACCUACAUUCAGUUUCCUGGCUGGACCAAGGGUCAGGUGUGGAUCAAUGGCUUUAACCUUGGCCGCUAUUGGCCAGCACGAGGACCCCAGAAGACCUUAUUUGUGCCACAGCACAUCCUGACCACGUCAGCACCCAACAACAUCACAGUGUUGGAACUGGAGUGGGCACCCUGCAGGAUCCACGCCCUGGAACCGUGUAUCGUUGAACUGGUGGAUGAGCCAGUUAUUAGCACAGAGGAGACCGACCAAAUCCUAGGCCUGACAGAGAACCACGAGUGAUGGUUGAGGCUUCCUGGACAUCCCGUCCUGCCCAUCCCUCAUGAGUUCCCCCCCCCAGUAGAGCCGACACUCUCUAGAGACUUAGAUUGGAAAAUAAAUGUAGGGUUGUUGCUGGAGGUUUCCCUAGAGCCCCACCGUGCCUGACUCCCUCUCUCCCUUGAACUUAAGGGAGAUGACAGCACAGUCACAAACAAAUCAGCAAAGAGGGAAGCCUGAAAAAGUGUCACUGAUUUUGAUUUUGGAAGAAUCAUGUUGUCUUUUUGCUAAAUAAAAUUUGUAUUCAAUGGUG